UCAGAUUAGUCAACAAAACGUCACUUCCUGUCCGUUCAGGCGGGCUGGUUGAACAGCAGCAGUAAAGUGCUAAAACUGACUGGUUUUGUAUAACAUAAGUAACUUUUAUCAGACAGUUUAUGGUGUUGGUUAGUUAGUUAGCUCUAGACACAUUUCACUCGAUGAAUAAUCGGAAAGUAUCUAGCUAGGUUAGCUUCUCCGGCUAGCAAGCAUUAGCUUUUGUCUUUUACAGGCAGUGUGUAAAAUCCCGCUAACUGGACGUUAACGUGGUUCAUUUUAGCUGAAUAAAAGGUAUCAACUCUUAAAGCUACAACUCUUACAUUUUACAAGCUAUGGACCGACCACCGAGGAAGACAAAAGUUGUGAAUUACUGUGAAGCCAAGGACUUUGAUGAUGAUGAGGAUUUCGCCUGUGUGAAGGCUCCACCCAGCAAAAAGCUCAGAGAGGAUGUGAAACGACAGGAGCACAAGAAAUCAUCAAGCAAGUCCUCAAGUCAGGAGUCCAACUCACAGUCCUCACUGAGCCAGAAGAUUAGAAAACCAUUGGAUGAGAAGUUGCAUGCCAGAGAUCUAGAAGCAGCCAUUACUCUCUCCUUGCUCAAUAAUGCAGAUAUGAUACAAGACCAGUCUCCCACCAGUACAGGAGAGGUUACGGUUCAACUUCCAGUAGAUGAAAACACAGACCCAUCUUUCCGGCACCUGUCCAACUGUAGUGUGGAUAUCUCACUCAUGGGCCUUGACGAAAUCACAUCAGAGAAGGAGCCACUUGCCCAAUCCAGACAGAGAAACGCUGCCUCUAAAGCCGCCGAGCAGCAGAGGAAAAUCCUGAAGGAUGAAGAUGAGGACUAUCAGCCCAAAAUGACACCAGAUUCAGAAAGUGACGACGAUUUUAGUGAACCAGCUGAGAGUGAAGAUGAAGAAUUCACAGUAAAGAAAGUCAGCAAAACAAAGAAGAAGGAGAAAGUCACCAAACAUGAGAAGACCAAACAGCCUCCUGCCUCUAAAAAAGAAAAGCAACCAUCAAAGCCAUCAAAGUCUAAAUCAAAGGCAGCAGCAGCUUCCACACCCGUGAGAAGUCCACCAAAAGCCAUAAUUGCAGCCAAAAGGCCCGUCUUGACCACCUCAGUUUCCACAUCUAAACCAGUUUCCACAUCUAAACCAGUUUCCACAUCUAAACCGACAGUCUCUUUGAGCCCAGCAGGGGGCAGAGUACCCAAGUGGAACCCACCAGGUCAAAUUGGUAAAAGUCCCAACUCUACGAGUCCAGCAGUGAAGUCUCCAGGUCAGGGUCUACGACUGGGACUGUCCCGUCUCGUUCGAGUCAAACCUCUUCACCCCAGUGUCGCUACUCACUGACCACCUGUCUGAGGAUGCCUCUGUAUGUGAUAGUAAAGUCCAGUUCUUGUUGUCCUGAUUUAUCAUUUAUUUUAAAAAAGUUGCUUGUAAAUAUUCAUCUCUAUAUGACGUGACUCCCAGGAUACAACUUUGACUUGAUGCUCUCAGCGUUGGUCAGAUGUUCUCAUGAGCACAUAUGCACCUUUAACAGUUAUUUCACCCUGCAAAGGGGGAACGUCAGAUAAUCAUAAAGUGUGCUUUGUUGACUCGAGAUUAACACUACUGUCUCAUUGUCACUAGCAAACUAAUUGUUGAUAUGUCUGAUACAUGGAAAAGUGUGAAUAAUCCCUUUUUUAAUCAUUAGUCUCGGUCUUAUUUACAUAAUUUUAUUGCCACCUAAAACAUACUUUCACCCAUUUUCCUGUUGUGUGCAAACAUUGUAUAUUGUGUACAUAUAUAUAUAAAAAAUAAAAUUAAAACAAAGUUUAAAUUUGUAUGA